AUGGAGUUAACGCUACGGAUUACGUACCACAGCUCGGCCAAGUGGGCAGCCAUUGCGUCUCAUCGUGACGACAUGCCAUUCAUCGGCAUCAUCACUUCCCUUACCAUUCAUCCCGUCUGGGUUCCGGGUCUACGCUCAACGCCCGCGGAUUUCAUCUCGGAGGAUGAAGAGGAGUUUCUCCUCCGAAAGAUAACGACUGCGCCGUUACCCCGCUGGACUCAUCUAGCUCACCGGCGACUUCAAACCUGGCCUUCGGCCCUGACAAAAUCGAACGCGCUCAUCUCCUCCCCGUUGCCCUCUUGGCUCGUCUCACCCAUCAUCACCCCUCGCUUCGACUCCUUGGGUCUUUUCGCGGACGCCCCGCACCACGCCCCGAAUCAUGUUCUGGUAAAUGAAUACCGCCCGGGACAGGGCAUAAUGCCGCAUGAAGACGGUGCUGCCUACUACCCGCUCGUAGCUACUGUGAGCCUGGGAGCUCCUAUCGUGCUAGAUCUGUACGAGAGAAGCGAGGAUGGCAAAGGGAGCGGACAUGGCCGGCGUCCGGUGUAUAGGAUUUUGCAGGAAAGGCGCAGCCUGCUCGUUACCACGAAGAGUAUCUAUACCGACUUUCUGCAUGGAAUUGCAGAGACCACCAGGGAUGAAGGGCUUGGCGCAGAAUCCAUCUGCAACUGGGAUUUGUUGCGGGAGCCAGACAGAUAUGAGUGCGGCUGGCUGGAGAGGGAGACUAGGAUAAGCUUGACUUAUCGAGAUGUGCUCAAAGUUGCCAGUCUCGGGAAUACGAUGAAGUUCCUCGGCAGUCGGUGA